AUGCGUCUCUCCAUCUGUGGCGUCGCCACAGCCGUCUGCCUGAUCGCCUCCGUCCUGGCCCAAGACAAUCAGAGCAGCAGCAACACCAAUGCAGUGACGAGACAGCCCCAGUCCUCUCAAUCUCAGACGCAAGCGGCCUCGUCGAGUGCAGCGAACAGCAACUCCCAAAGCCAGGCCAGUAGCGGGUCCAACUCGCAAUCGAGCGCCUCGACCUCGUCGGCUCCACCUGUGACUUCGGUAUACAGUACGGCGUUCGAGACCUAUUCUGUUUCCAAUAGCCAGACCAUCUCCUACACUUCUAGCGGCAAUGUCACGACCGUCAUCCAGCCAGGUUCUACCUCGAAGACGCCUGUGACCCUACCCACCGCUGCAAGUACGAUUGCCGACGGGGAUGCGGGGGGCGCAGCUACCAUUACUGCACCCGAUCCAGGGAACACCUCUUUCCGAAAUUCGGGACCGGACGACAAUUAUACGACAAACUGGGGGGGAAAGAUCAAACCGGUAGCCACCGUGUUCGGCGCCGGAGUGGCUCUUGUCCUCAUCGGCGCAUCUCUCGUUUGA